AUGGAAAUUAAAUCAUAUUGGCCUGUGGUCGACCAAUCUAUAGCACGCUUGCGAAAUUUCCAGAAUUCCUGCCGGGAUUCAAUCUCAGACCCUUUUUUGCUUGAUAAUUGGAUGGCCCGAUUUUUGACCGAGCACUCUUCUUACCUCUCCGAGCGUCAAAUAUCCACGUUACAACCCUCUGGUUUGGACCCAGAGAGUACCAACGCGCUCGAUAUAUCUGUAGAAAAUAGUACGCCUGUACUUGUUAACAAUAUGGAGAGUGAUUCUGAGAUGGGUGAUUUGUCCAAUUUGCUACAUGAUCAACAAGUGACCAACGACGCUCUUGUCAAUCACGCGAUUGAUUGGCUACUUGAAUGA